AUGACUACCGACAAUAACGACCACUCCAUAAAACAAGAAGAAGCCGAAAAGACGAUGGUCUCCAUUGAAGAACUUUCCGACGACGAAGCACUCAUCGACGCUCUCAAAGCAGACCGACAAGCCAAGAUAGAUGCUGAAGAUGCCAAAAAGCAAGCUGCCAGACUCGCUAAAUCUGACGAUAUGAAGGCCAAAAUCUUGACUCAGGUGGAGUACUACUUCUCAGACGCCAACCUCCCAACCGACUUAUGGUUGCUACGAUCCCUCCACGCCAACAAUGGCUGGCUCAAACUCGAGCUCCUGAGCACCUUCAACAAUAUGAAGAAGCUCAAUACCAACGUCGAAGUCAUUGCUGAUGCUUUACGGAGGUCUCCUCAAUUGCUUCAAGUCUCGGAAGACGGAUUGUAUGUGCGACGACGAGGCUACCCUCCUGAAUUGAACGCUGGUCGUAUUGAUGGCCUCAGCCCAAUACAAAAGUCUAUCUAUGUUGGAGGCUUCCCACUAGACUUGAACGAGCCUGAAGAAACAAUCAAAGGACACUUCCAAAUACAUGGUGGCGAUGUGAAGGCUGUCAAGUUACGUAUGGAUAAGGACACUGGCAAAUUCAAGGGCUCAGCAUUUGUGGAAUUCGUAUUUGCUCAUCAAGCUCGGAAAGCUCGAUUCGAAGCUGAUCCAAAACAUGGUAAUACUCCAUUGACUAUCAACAUGAAGGAAGAAUAUAUAAACAGGAAAUAUGCCGAACACUUGGAAGAUGAAGAAAAGAAAGCCAAGAAUGCUCAUUGGAAGAUUGGUGACCAUCAAUUGGCUCCUCCUCCAAAAGCAAUCAAGCUUCCAGAUCGUCUCAAUGGUGCCUUGUUACAUUUCAAAGCUACUGAAAUGGAAGCCAUACCUGAAGGCCAGUCUUUUAUGGCUAUUGCCAAGGAAUACUUUGGGCAACCAUUCGAAGUCAAAUGGGUUCACAAACCAGAAAACAGCGACGAUGGUUUGAUCUUAUAUCAUAAUCCAGGUGAUGCCCAAAUUGCCUUUGAACACUUUGGUGCCACAAGGGCCAAACCUGAUGGCUUGUUGAAUGGCACAACCACAUUCCGAUUGGCAACGCCAGAAGAAGAAUCUGUCUUUUGGCAAGCAUAUGAAAACACAAUGAAAGCCACACUUGAAGAACGAAUCUAUAAUCCAAACGGUGAUAGGAACCCUGGUCCAAGCAACCCAGCCAAUCUACCAACACCACACAACAACAGGAACCGUGACGGUGAUCGAAAAGACAGAGACAGCAAACGAAGCGACAAUCGAAAAGAUGGAAGCAACAACAAUAGUAGGGGUAAUGGUGGUAGUUCAAGUGGUCGAGGACCUCGUGGUGGUGCAAGUGAUAGAGGUGGUGCACGAGACCAGAAAGAUCGAAAAGGAAAAGGUCGAGAUAAUGGUAGAGCUCGAAAUGAACGAAGCAACAAAAGCAUCUCAACCACCGAUAACAAAGUAGACGACACAAAACCAACCAACGGUGAUAUUGUCGCAGCAACUGUCAAAGCUGACGAUAACACCACCACUACAGUCAAAACAGAAAACAUCAAUGGAGCCAACAAACGAAAAUCAGAAGACCCUGAUGAUGUUGGAGACAGUAAAAAGGUCAAGUCUGAAGAAUCAGCUGCAAAUGGUCACGUCAAUGGUGCUGCCAAUGGAUCAACCAUGACCAGUAUCACUUUGCCAGAACGCAAGUCCAGCGAACUCAAACGAAAACCAGAUGGUGAUCAUGAUCAUGGUGCUGGUGACCUUAAAAAGACGAAGCUGGAAACUUCAGCAUGA